AUGUUUUCGAAGAGUAAGAAACGGUCUCAUACAGGGAACGUAAAUGUCCAACUCGAUGAGCAAGGGAUGCAGGAUUCUCUGAGAGCAGCUCAAGUGAUAUUUCAAAGACACAAUGGCGAACCCAAUUUAAACAGCAGCAACCCUGAUGAUUCCUCACUUAAAAAAGCGGGGAAGCCGUCCAUUCAAGCUACUCAACAACAGCAAACACCGCAACCUGGAUUUUCGAAACGAACACCACCAAAACCUAUACCUAGACAGAGAUCGAAAAAUUGCCAACCAAAUCCCUUACCUCUUAGCCUACGGACAACGGGAAGUGCUAGCUAUAACAGUAGUAGAAUCAAUUCCCCACAAGUGAAAAACGAUAAUAUAUUUACACCGUCUUCUGUGCCCUUGGAUACCCUAGAUGAGAAAUUGAAAAUUUCCGUCGAGCAUAGCGAAGACAAGAUAAAACCACGUCCAUCGAACAAUGACGUAUCAGACUGUGGCAAAAUCCCCCCUAAUAAAAGCAGUAUCACAGCUGCACAAAUUGCAGCAUCUUUAGCACAAUCACAUAUCAAAAAUACAUCACAUGGUUCAAACCAAUAUGAAAAGAAACUGAUUGUUCCACCCCCAGCUCAGUUAAAGAGGGUACCAUCAGUUUCUGCAACUGAAGAAAGAAAAACAGAAAGAAACAAUAGUAAUCAUAGCAUAUCAAACAAAGCGAGCUUUUCAAGCAGUCCCUCACCUUCGCAUUCUUUUGUUCAGGUAAAGGGAGACCAAAAGCUUGCCACCUUUGGGGGUGGCUCUGUCUCUCCUGAACAUCAACACCCGAAUGUUAACAAAAAGCAUACAAGGAUACCACCCCCUUCCACAAUUCUCAAAGAAAAUGAGGAGGAAGGAGUGAACAGAAAAAGUAGCAUAGAUAGAGAGAGGAGUCAAAUAGAGUUAUGGCCGAACGAAUGUGCCGAUAGUGCAGAUUCAGAUUCCUCGUGUACCUCAACCAGUAGUAAAAACUGGAAUGGAGAGGACACAGAACAGGACUCAGAUACAGCUGAUUAUGAUGAGUUAUAUCAGUAUUACGAUGAUGAUGGCAACCUGAGCUACGAAGGUGAGUACGAUGAGAAUGAUGAUGAGGGACACGUCGAUAACAGUGUCUAUGAAGAUGCAGACAUUAUAACUGCUAAUGAACCAAUGGAGACCCGUGUAUAUGCCAUGAACAGGAAGGUAAAUGACCAAACCAAUUCAAAAAAUUAUACAUCAGCACCAGUGCCCAGCCCGUCAUAUUCUGAUCCAGAGCUAUCUGAGAGAGAUCGUAGCUUUAUUGUACCUAGUAAAAAAGGAAGAGUAAGAAGACUUGGCAGGCUCUUUGGGUCCAGUAGAAAUAAAACGAUGCCAAGUCCGACUAAUACCGUACGAUUUAAGGAAACGAUGAGGUACAACACCAAAAAGGGAUUUAACGAAGACAAACCUUGGAAGAAGCACCGUGAUGUCAAAUUUAUAGACGAACAAGAUAGAAAGAGAUAUGAGGGGGUUUGGGUCAGUAAUCGAUUUUCAUACUUGAAUUUGUUGCCUUGGUGGCCCAGUUCUUCGAAGGAUGAUGAAACUGGGAUUUCUACAGAAAAUGCAGAGUACGUCCUGAAUUUACCACAGGAUGGAUUGAUUCUAAACUUGGUCGUUAAAGAUCUCUGGGAUAGAUCAAAUCUGCCAAAGGAUAUUUUGAUGCAAAUUUAUAAACUUAUCGACACGAGAAAGGAUGGAACACUUGAUAGAAAGUCUUUUAUUGUCGGUAUGUGGCUUGUUGAUCAAUGUUUAUAUGGGAGGAAGUUACCAGAAGUUGUCCCUGAUAUCGUAUGGGACAGUGUUGAUAGAUACACGAUGAAUAUGAUUCAAUCUAAAGCAGAAGAUGAAUCGUAUCAAAAAAGAAGGAGGAGAAGGAGAAUGCUCAUGAGAAAAGAAAUAAAACAUUUAAAAAGUGGUAUCAAACAUGUUCAUUUGUAG